AACGUCCUGUGUGUGUGUGUUUCACUGCGUGUGUUUGUUACAGAGUAUGAAAACGGACGCUACACAUUUCAGGGCAAAAGCCUCCUUCAAGAAUCAUGUCAAUCAAGAAACAAGCAAAAACUAUCUGCAUCAUUAGCGCAAUUUUUGUGUUCUUCUUCUGGUAUUACUACUACAUUACAGGACGUAACACGGACUAUAAAAAACCAUUUAUUAUAUACCCUAAAAUAAAAAAAACAAAGUUUCCGACUGCAUGUGGCAUACGAGUGGAAAAUAAUCCCAUGCUUAAAGUCGACAAUCUCAAAACAUACCUGCUCGGCUCCUACAUAGAGCACCGCCUAGAGGUGAAAACUUUAAAGACAAUUGCUAUAGUGCUUCGUAGUGAAAAGGCAGAGUAUCAGUGUUUCCUCUGCUGCAACGGAACCAACAUCUCUGUACCUGCCACGUACAGCAUUCACUCCGACCACUUUGGUUUCAAUUAUGGAACGGCUGAUAUCACCUGUCAGGUGCCUGAAACGUGCACAACACCAAUGCACGUGGCUAUCACCUCUCCAUCACCUCUAGGUAAAGCCUCACAGAAUGUCAAAGUCAUUCAACCGGUCAGAAAUCAACAGACUCGUGAUAAUUUUACUUAUGAUUUUACUGUCUGUAUUUCUGUCAUGUAUGAUUACACCAACGUUUUGGAACUGGUGCAGACCAUGGAAAUGUUCAAGAUACUCGGCAUCCAGAGGGUGGCCAUUUACAAGACGAACUGCGAUCCUAAUGUGCAGAAAGUGUUAGACUAUUAUGUCAUGCAGAAAUUUGUGGAGGUCAUCCCCUGGACCAUAUCAUCUCACCUCAAAGUGUCCAGAGGCUGGAAGAAUUGGGAGUCACCAGGCGAGCUGCAUUACUUCGGGCAAAUCCCGGCACUGAAUGACUGUGUUUAUCGCUACAUGUACCAGAGUCGCUAUGUAGCCCUGCAGGACUUGGAUGAAAUAAUCCUUCCCGUUCCUAAAGGUCUAGAGAACUGGACAGAACUCCUGCAUGAACUGGAAAGGAAAUACGGUCGAAAUGUGGGAUUUGAGUUUGAGAAUAAUUUUUUCCCACUCAUCAUCAAGGAAACAAACCCAGCUUAUUCACCAGAUUUAUGGAAGAAGGUCAUGGGUGUAAACAUUUUACAAUAUGUGAAAAAAUUAAGAAUUGACCCCACCACAUUCAACAACUUUAAAGUCAUUGUUAAUCCUCGUUCAGUGUAUAGCGCUUCUGUACAUGGUUUGCUGCAGUCUAAAGGAGGUACCAUCCGUGUGGACUCUAAUAUUGCCCACAUGUAUCAUUUCAGAAACAUGACAAUAAAUGUACCGGAAAAUUUCCUCUUACAGGACACACGACUUAGGGACUAUGCAGGCAGGCUGAUCCCUGCCAUUUCUAAUGUCCUCACAGAAGUGCUGGAUGUUCAAACAAUUUAAAAUUUCAGCAAUCAUAUUUCUGUUGUGUCUUGAGGUAAGAUGUGAGUCAACCUUUCCACAUUACUUAUUACAUAAUAAUUCACUAGAGGUCACAAAAUAGGAAACGGCAUGGACUCCAAGUUUGCUUGUGGCGAACAAGAGCAGCUAAAAGAAGAAAAACGAAUAAAUCUAAACAAAUUUUAAAUGCUGAAAUUGACACAUUAGCUAAAUCCCUUUGAUAUGUGAAGAAUUUAGUAUAAUUUGCACCAGGCUUGGCAAAACAAUAAUUUUUACACAGUUUUAAUUAUUAAACACAAGAAGUACAGUACCUAAUACUGGUGACACUUGUAAGAAGUAAUACAUACUGGGCAAUGUGUCCAUAAAAUUCAAUCUAUAUCAUAAUUACCAGACGUUCAUGGGUUUUAACCAUGAAGAUAAUUUAAGUUUAGAAGCACUUUAAUGAUUAUUGUUUUGAAAUGUUUGAAAUUGUAAUAAAAGUAAUAUAAAUGUGAGAUUUAUAAUGCUGGACCAUUUGAACCUUUUUUAUGUAUUUCCUUCCCAUUUUCCUCCCGAUUUAGUGCACUCAAUUCUGUCUUCCGCUGCUGAGAGAUACCAGAUUGCAUCCAAGGAGAGCAUGUCGCUGUACACGCCUCUUCCGACACGUGUACAGCGCUCCUCUUCUCGCCUCUGCAUUCUGCACAGGUUUCUCUUCUGCCAAUCAGGGUCCUUACACAGCGUAUGAAGAACCACCCACCCACACAUAGUCCUGCCCCCACCCUGGCCAGCUAUUAUCUGCUGCAGGCACUGCCAAGUAUGCCCGCCAGAUGGCGCCCAGGCAUGCUAGCAGAAUAUCUCGCUGCACCACCUGGGCGCUGAUCAUUUGAACCUUAUGCAUAUGAUAAUGUUGUUAUCUAUUGAUUAUUUUAUUUUAAAAAGUGUGUGCGUGUGUGUGUGUGCGCGUGUGUGUGUGUGCGUGCGUGUGUGUGUGUGCGUGCGUGCUGCAGUCAUAAAACCACACACUGCUUCUUUCAGUUUUCUAUUUGAUUGAAUCCUGUGAUAAUGCUGAGUUUUUUUUUAUUUAAAUAAAGAUUUUAUAUAUGUGUGUUUGUGUUUUUGCCUUGUGAUGGACUGGCAACCUGUCCAAGUGGUUUCUCACCUAGGAGGUUAAAGCGGUGCAACAGACAAUAAAUGAAUGAAUGAAA